AUGCGAACUAUUUGGGUGACUGGCAAAAAAGGUUUAACUGAAAGGGAAGCAGCAGCCCUUAUAGUGGAAGAAGCCAGAAUGAUUCUGCAGCAGGACUUAGUUGAAAUGGGAGUGCAAUGGAAUCCAUAUUCCCUUUUAAAUUCUAGCACGCAUUCAUUGACCAGUAGUGAGUCAGAAGUGAAGGAACAUACUUUUAUACCCCAAACUAAGAGAUCUCGUAAAAGAUUAACAUCAAAGAGCAAAAGUAACAUGAUAGUUAGUGAUUCUUAUGUUAAGCAUUCACCAAAUACAGUACAAGAUUUAGAUAAAAGUAGAGAGCACAUAAGUUCUUUUUAUUGUACAUUCCAGGAUAGGAAUCAAGAACGUCAGAGACAUUCGAUCUUCAGAGCAAGAAAACAGGCUUCCUUGGACUUAAAUAAAGACAAGACAAGAACCUCUCUGAAUGAUGGAAAAACAAGCACUAAGAAAGUUGUUCAGACUUUCUCAUUUGAGAAAACAAAGAUGGCAGCUUUGAAUUUCAGUUCAGAAAAGAUGAGCACAUCUUUUCAAUCUUGGAAACAUAAUAAGCAUCUGAAACAAACUAGGGACAGUAGCCCUCUGAAAGACUCUGGAAUGUAUAGAAUUGACUUACAAGGACAGACUAGUCCUAUUCUUUGUGAAGACUCAUUUACCUUAGAUGAGAAGAAUAUGGAAUUUAGAAGUCCAGGGCCAUUUGCUAAAAAUGUAUCCUUUUGUGCUGAGGAAAAAUGUAACAAAACAUUAUUCCCAUUACAAAUAAAGCAAAGUUGUUCAAGGAACAGAACAAUAACUAAUGAUACUCUUGUGGAACAUUGUAUCACAGGAUCCCAGAGUAAAAACAUGGAUUGUCAAGCCACUAGGGCGGUUAGUGAAAAUGGAAGAGGAUUAGGUGUUGUUGAGACAGAAAAAAUAAAUGAAGUGCUGCUACAAAAUGAUUCAGAAAACCAGAAUGUUUAUGUGAAACACCAUGACACUUAUCCAAUUAACCACUGCCCAGAAAAGCAAUCUAAUAAACAGACAAACACUUAUACCAAACAGAAAAACAUAGUAGAGAGACAAAUGCCCUGUGAGGCAGUCAGUAGUUAUAUGAAUAGAGACUCAAAUGUUACGACUAUUGAAUGUGAAAGUAUAAAGUUUAAUACUGAGGAAAAGAAACUAAAUCAUUUUCAGACAUUAGGAGAUAAUAUAAACAAAACUGAGAUACCCAGUGAAAUACUUGUGUCAACUGGAACAUUUGGUAAAUUAGGAGGCCAGCAUGAGAAUUUUCUAAAUACCUCUAGAAUACGAGGAAAAACAGACCCUUAUGCAACAAACAAAACUAAUCAUGUUUCUGACUUAGGGUUAGUCCUCUGUGAUUUUGAAGAUAGUUUCUACCUGGAUACUCAGUCAGAGAAAAUAAUACAACAGAUGGCAACUGAAAAUGCCAAACAAGGAGCAAAAGGCACCAACCUGGCAGCAGGGAUGAUGCAGAAGAGCUUAGACAAACAGAACUUGAUUAGCUCUUUUCAGAAUGAAUUUCAUAUUACUUUCCCUGGUGAACAGCAUUCUCCAGGAAGGACUCAUAUAGAUCAUUUGAGCUUUAAGACUGUAGGUACUAUGAAACAAAGCACUGAUUCUCAUGGGGUUGAUAUCCUGACUCCAGAAAACCCAAUUUUUCAUUCUCCAAUACUAUUGGAGGAAAAUGCUCUUUGUUUUAAAGGGAAUGAACUUUCUGUUACUGACUCCCAAUUAAAUAGUUUUCUUCAAGAUUAUCAAACACAAGAAACUGUGAAACCAGUCACACCUCUGCUUCCUCAAAAGAGAACUCCCACUGGUAUAGAAGGAAAAUGUCUGCCAGUUCAUGAAACAAGUCUGAAUAUGAGUGAUAGUUUACUAUUUGACAGUUUCAGUGAAGACUACCUAGUAAAAGAACAACCACCUGAUAUGCAAGCAAAAGAACCCCUUCCUUCUGAAAUAACAUCAAACCAUUUCAGUGAUUCUCUGUGUUUACAACAAGAAGGCCCAAUUAAACAAUCAAAUACGAAGAAGAAUGAAGAUAUCCAGCAGCAAUUGACUUGUUUCAGUGAUGAAUCUAUUAUGUUUUCAGAAAUGGAUUCUGUUCAGAUGGUUGAAGCUUUGGACAGUGUAGGUGUAUCUUCUGUCCAAGAGAAACAUAAUACUGUAGUAUCUCUUAAAGCAUUAGAACUAAGUGAUCCAGUGAUUGUAGGUAAUGACCAC